UUCGAGAGCAAUAUGCAAUGCUCUGAUUUGCUUGGGAGAUGAGAAGAAGAUGAUCAAGUUAUUUAUUUUUCUGUGGGGGUUUUCAUUUCCAACCUUUGUUUCAGCAGGUUCUCACUCUUUCACUUUGCUUAUAACAUACAUUAAAGGAAACACUCAGUUUGCUGAAUUUAGUGCCACAUUUUGGUUGGAUGACAUUGUAGUACAAUACUGUGAUCAGAGGACUUGCGUUUCAAGAGGAAAUACUACAAAUGAAGAUGAUUUGUAUUACUUAGGGGACAAUGGCUCCAUAGGAGCAGAUUUAUAUGUGUAUCUUGAGGAAAGAUCAAGAAGUGAAAAUCAUACAGACAGACUUGCAGUUUACCAGCUAAUGGGUUUUUGUGAGCUGUUGGACAAUGACGUACCAGGACGACUGAUCACUAAGAAUGCAUUUAGUGGUUCUACUACAGAACAGUUGCUAUAUUUUGAUGGCAGGUUUACAUAUAAGGGUCCAUUAAAAUAUACAGAACAGUACACAGACCGGACUCUGCAAGUGUCUCUGUGGUAUCAUGAGGUUUUAAUCUACCCAAACUGCCUAAAUACUCUUAGGGCUUUCCUUAAAAAGAGAGGUGCUCAGGUAAAGAGGAAAGUAAAACCACGAGUCAGACUCAUCCGGAAAGCUAUCUCUGAUUCUGGAGGUUCUCGUGUGAGUUGUUUGGCGACAGGGUUUUACCCUCGUCACAUCAACCUGACCCUGUUCAGAGACCAGCAGCCUGUAGCUGAUCAUGAGAUCACUGGAGGAGAUCUGCUGCCCAACGAUGACGGGACGUACCAGAUGAGGAAGAGUCUGGAGAUCAGUGCUGCAGACAAACACAAAUACACCUGCUCCGUCACACACCUCAGUCUGGACAACAAACUGGACAUUGAUUUGGAGCUCACGGGGAAACAUUUAAGCAGGUGAUUUCCUCAGUGCUUGGGGUUUUAGCGUUGGUACUGCUGUUGAUGGCUCUGCUUGCCAUUUUUAAAUGGAGAAGAAGGUAUCAAUCAGCCUCUUCUACAAGUGACUUCUCCUCUGCUUGUUCAGCUGGAGACGAUGUGGAUAAAUCAGGUUUACUGGU